AAACAAGCUCAAUGGCGCCUGGAUGUCCUGCCUCAAGAGGAUGAAAACCAUUUCCCUUCUCGCUUGUUGACGUUGAACCAGCGAGUCCUCUCGGGAAAUCUUGUCUUCUAGAUCAUGCCCUACGAUCCCGACCAUCCUCCGGCUAAAAAAUUCAAGCCGGGGUCUGUUUUCUUCCGCCUGGACAAGCAGAAAGCUGGCAUGCUGCUGCCCGGCAGGGCAAAAGCCACCGCGCCGCUUGAUGUCCAAAGGAAGCAGCUUCCGAUUUACCAGGCGAGGGCCCAACUUUUGAGCCUACUGAGACAGCUCCACAACGCUAUUCUUAUAGGCGAGACCGGCUCAGGGAAGACCACCCAGAUCCCGCAGUAUCUUUAUGAAGCUGGGAUUGGACGGCAGGGCCUCGUUGCCAUCACUCAGCCCCGCCGAGUGGCUGCGAUCUCACUGGCUGGGAGGGUGGCGGAGGAGAAGAGGACGCAGCUUGGCAAGCUGGUGGGGUACACCGUGCGUUUCGAGGACGUCACGUCCUCGGAGACGAAGCUGAAGUUUAUGACUGACGGCAUGCUCCUCCGCGAGGCCAUCGGCGACCCCUUACUGCUGCGCUACACCGUGGUCGUCCUGGAUGAAGCUCAUGAGCGCACGGUGCACACAGAUGUGCUGUUUGGAGUUGUGAAGAAAGCUCAGCGUCGACGCAAGGAACUUGGCAAGAUUCCUCUGAAGGUCAUAGUGAUGUCAGCUACAAUGGAUGUGGACCUGUUCUCAGAAUAUUUCAACAAGUCCCCUGUUUUAUACCUGGAGGGCAGACAGCAUCACAUUCAGAUCUUCUACACCAAGCAGGCUCAGUCCGACUACCUGCAAGCUGCUCUUGUCACCGUGUUCCAGAUACACCAGGAAGCACCUCCGUCGCAUGAUAUAUUGGUCUUCAUGACGGGCCAGGAAGAGAUCGAGGCGCUAGCAAGGACAUGCCGGGACGUUGCCAAGCAUCUGCCCGACAACUGCGGGCCUAUGGCGGUCGUCCCUCUGUAUGCGUCACUGCCGCCGACGCAGCAGCUCAGGGUCUUUCAGGCGGCUCCAAAGGGUUGCAGGAAGGUAAUCUUGUCAACCAACAUAGCAGAGACGUCCGUUACGAUAUCUGGCAUCAAAUAUGUCGUAGACACAGGGAUGGUGAAAGCCAAACGAUUCAAUCCCGACAGUGGUUUGGAGGUCCUGGCAGUGCAGCGGGUUUCUAAAGCGCAGGCGUGGCAGCGAGCGGGCCGGGCCGGCAGGGAAGACUCAGGAAUUUGCUACCGUCUCUACACGGAGCAGGAAUUUGAUCAUCUCAUCCCUACGACUGUGCCUGAGAUUCAGCGGUGUAACUUAGCCAGUGUGAUGCUACAGCUCAUGGCUCUUGGGAUUCAAGAUGUUAUGAAUUUUGAUUUCAUGUCCAAGCCCUCUCCAGAGGCCAUUUGCUUUGCUGUGGCGCAUUUGGAGCUGCUGGGGGCUGUGGACAGGAACAAUGGGCAGGUCGCCCUCACUGCUUUGGGCAAGAAGAUGUCGAGCUUCCCCUUGGAGCCGAGAUACGCCAAGACCAUCCUGCUAUCCCCCGACUACUCCUGCUCUGAGGAGAUUUUAAGCAUCGUGUCUCUUCUGUCAGUGGACACCGUGCUGUACAAUCCCCCAGCACGGCGAGAAGAGGUUCUCGCUGUGCGCAAGAAGUUCAUGUCCAGCGAAGGAGAUCACAUGACGCUCCUCGGCAUCUACAGAGCGUUCAAGAAAGUUAGUGGGAAUAAGGAUUGGUGUCGGGAGAACUUUGUUAACAGCAGGAACAUGGGUCUAGUGAAAGACGUCCAAGGUCAACUCCGAGAAAUCUGCCUUAAGCUGAACUUAAAGCUGGAGUCGUGUGGAGCGGACACGGGAAAGGUUCGCCGAUGCCUCGCCCACGCGAUGUUCAUCAACGCUGCGGAGCUUCAAGCCGACGGCAGCUACUUAGCUCUGGACAGCCGCCAGUCGGUGGCCAUCCACCCUUCGUCGGUCCUUUUCCAGGCCAAGCCGGCGUACGUGGUGUUCAAUGAGCUGCUCCACACCUCACGCUGCUACAUGAGGGACUUGUGUCUGGUGGAUGCCGAUUGGCUGCUCGAUGCAGCACCGGAAUACUUCGGCCGCAAACUGCGCCCUAGCAAGAGCUAACCGGUUGUGUGUAGCGCAACUCGCUAAUACAGGGAUACGGGGGGUCCUCGAUAUAUGACGGUCUCGACCUACAGCGUUUUGUAGUCAUGAACAGUGUGCCGUUAAUUUGCGGCCCUUCCGGUGUGAAAGCCAGCCGUAGGACUGAAGGUGAAAAUGAUCUUUUUUCAUACCGUUUUGCAUUUUAUGAUUUUUAUCGUCAUGUUUUUUUUUUGUUUGUUUGUUUUUUUUUUCAUACAAAUGCGAGCUGUUCUCAUGACUUGACUGCAGCGUUAUCACAAGUGAGUGAUAGAGGCUACAUACGCUCCAGCCAACAUAUAAAAUCGGGUUCCAUCAAUGUAAAAGGGGCGGAACACCGUCAUAAACCAAGGACCCCCUCGAUGUAGGACUAUCAGUGUCAUGUCAUAAAAGUGCUCAAGAAAGCAUACUUUGUAAUAUUUACUGAUGGAUUACACUCCCCCCCCCCCCCCCCCCCCACACUUGAGUCACUAUCACCGUAGCAGGAAUCCACACAUUGACGCCUCACGAUCAACUCCGUUCGAUCGAUUGGCUUGAUAAUCGCAUUUUGCCAAAUGUCAAAAAUUCAACCACAUUAUCUCAAUUUCUGCGAUAUUAGAAUUUCUUCUCAUUUGCUUGCAUUUUAAAAGCAUAGACUCACCUAGAAUACAAAUCACAGUAUAUUGUAAGAACAUGGAUUCUUUGACAAGUAUCGGACUGUUAAGAAUAGAAAUAUUUGUCAACCAAAUAUUGACAAAAAGCUGUCAAUCUUCCAAACAUGGUUGAUGUUGACUAACGUGACUACAUUUGUACAAAGUGGUCUUGAAGAGAGGUUAUUACACAUGCAAUGGCGAUAGAUUUGAUUGAGUCAAUAAUGUAUUUGAAAACGGCAACAUUUUGACAAAAGCGUUCUGGAACGUCAAAGCGUCACGAGCUCCUUUUUUUGUAAUAUCCGCACCCUCUUGUGCAUGCUGUUGGGACACAUUUCCCAAAUCCAGUAGUGGCCCAUCAGGGGGAAGACGCACGAAAGCAUCUCCAGAUUCCACCUUUUGACAUUGUCUGCAUUGAGCUCCGAAGAUGUGUGCUAUGCGUGGAGAUGAUAAGAAAUGAUCUGAUCACUCAGGUCUUUCGCACUUUCUACAAUGUAAAUCACAGAUUCUGAGAGAUACGGAAGCUUCUUUUGUGAUUUUUGUACACUUCGACUCAGGAUCGUACAAUACCGUCAAUGUUUUUCAAAGUAUGGCGACCAUGUAAGAACAACUGCACGUCCUGUUAUCUAAAAAGUCAUGCAUUUUGAAGUGAUCAUUUGAGUUUGUCUUUUUUCGUUGUUUCAUUUUUUUAAAUAAUGCCCGAAAGCGAAACCU